GAGCACAACCGGGCCAGCUGGUGGCAUGGUGGUUGAUAAUGGCCAUUCGGUGGUGGUAUGUAAGGACUGCUACUCUUCGCUCAAUAACCAGUACAUAGAGUUGGAGAGAUGGGGAGUACCAGUGGAGAAGAGGCAGUACAACUGGAUUCAGCGCCCUCCGCCGCCAGAAUUCCAACAGGGCACCACAAGCAAGCCCAGCCAGGGGCCCACCUUGGGCAUUCAGUCCAUGUUUGUGGAGCCUGGCUCAUCUAGCCCAGGCUCUCAUCCAGGGACUCCCCCUGGGAUCUUGUCUCAGCCAGGAGGUGGGGGCAGCCCCAGGGGAUCUCAUGGCCCAGUAUUGGGCUCUCCCAGUGCGACAAGUGAUGGUCCUGGGUCACGGUCAGGUGCAGUCAAGCUAUGUGAAGAUCCUCCAUCGCCAGCCACCAAUGCUAUUCCCAAGUUAAUUGGAGCAAGCAAUGUCCCUAUAGAUUGUAAUGAAACAUCUUGUGUUGGGAGUAUCCCCUCCUGUUAUGCCCCCCUUCAGCUCAAAAUUGGUGUCGCCAGGCAGGGGGGCAACACCCUUGCCAAGCAGCACACAGUGGCACCCAGUGAAGGUUUCAACUCUGGCGAUACCAAGCAACCAGGACUCCCAAAGCAAAAAUUCACUUCAGUGGACCAGUCCCUCAAGAGCCACAAUAACGAAAACCUUCUUGCAGCCGACCUCUCCAACAAGCAUGUCUCCUCCAGCAAAGCCACAAUCACAAACCAACUAGAUGGUGAUAAAGUCACUCAUAAGAAGAGGAAGUCUGUAAUUAGAGGGAUGAAUAAUAAGGCAGACCCCACAAGUAGCACCAAUACCAAGCCCCGACUCUCAUCGUGCAGUCAGCAGCUGCGGACGUCCUCUUAUGAGCUGCAGGCCAAGUGUUCAUGAAUCCUGGAAGUAAUAUACCAGUCUUCCCUAAAUGAACUAAAAGUAUGAAUUCUCACUGCGAAAAAAAAAAAAAAAAAAAAAAAGCCUACAGUUGUUGAUAUGGCUUCGCUUGCCAUUUUGUCAGCAUGUACCAUUCUGUUUCAAAAGAAAUCAGAAAUUUUAACAGUAAAUUUGACUUCUUGCCAGCAUAUUUAAUGAUUAAACAGUCUGUUGUACCAUGUGUCAACAGCCACAAUAUACUCUAUAUCUAAAUCAUGUGUUUGGUACAGGUUCAGCCUAGCAAAAUUUGAAGUGAACCAGCUGCAUAAUUUAUGAAGAUAAUUAAAAUUUAUUUUAGGUUCUGUUUGUGCUUAAAGCUUUAUUUGUACAAUUUAUGUAAAGAUAUAGGGGCAAAACAAAAAAAAAAACAGAAUUUUCUUAGCCAAACUUUGGACUUGUGUAUUGAUAUAAAAAUCACCUUGGUUUCAAUAUCAAGUUUAAAAGCAUUUAGCUUCAAAUAGUAAUAUCUAACCACCAAGUCACAGUAUUGUAUUUACAAUUUUAGAGCUUAAAUAAAACAAACUGAGGAAUGUAAUUUUGUUAGCAAAGUUUAAUAUGUUAAUGAAUGAUUAUGAAGUUUCUCAAACAUUGUUUCAGGCAGUUUAGAUAAUUUAUAAUAUACAUGACAUAAUUAAGUUACUACAUCUACUGAGUGUUGAUGAAAAAUUAUAUGACUGAAACAGA